UUUUUUCUUUUUUUAAUUAUCAAAAUAUGAUCUCUAACAUUAACCAUAGUCACGUAGACGCUAUUAAUAAAUUCCUUGCCACUACUACUGGUAGAGAAAAGUUAUGUCGUCUUGUACAAUACUUUUCUCGUUUCUAUGUAUUUUAUUUAACCCGUGCUGGUGCUUCCAAAGAUGUUAUUAAACGAUGGGCUGAAUUAAAAGGACAUAUUGGUAAUGCUCGCAAGUUCUUCCGAUUAUUGAAACCUAUUGAAUUUGCUCAAAAUGGUGUCAAGGGUUUGACUUUACAAGAUCCCGUUUUGCGUGCUACUACUGUUAUCAAACAAGCUGGUAUGUUCCUUUACUAUACUACAGAAGCUAUCAACUUGGGUAAUCUGAUCAACUUUAGAAAAGUGGAUAAUAUCAAGAAAAUCACUACAUUUGGUCAAAAGUGUUGGUUUGUUGCUUUGACUGCUUCUUUGGUUUCUGGUCUUUACAAAUUCAAAUUGUUGGCAGCAAAGGAAGCUAAAUUAGCUACUAGUGAAAAAGUGGAUCAAGCUGAUGCUAAAAAAUUGGCCAAGGAUCAAUUCAAUACUCGUUAUCAAUUUAUUCAAGAUUGUUGUGAUAUUAUCAUUCCUACUGCUGGUUUAGGUUGGAUUGGUUUUGAUGAAGGCAUCGUUGGUAUUGCGGGUAUGAUCACUUCGGCUAUGGCGGCUCGUAAUCAAUGGUACAAGGUCAAUCCUCAAUAGUCAAUAUAUCAAUCCUUCAUUUUUCUAUGUAUUAUUAUUUUUAGAUUUAGUUAUCUUAGAAUCUUCUAUUCUUUCUUUAUACACCUUUUUUUUUUUGUCUAAUAAACGAAAAAGAUCACCCUUUCAUUUGUUUUUCUA